CGACUUCAUCCGGUGCCUCUUUUAUCGAAUGUUACAUUGUGUCAACCCCUCCGCCCCAGUCGACGCUAAACGUUUUGAGUAUUCAACAACCUUUCUAUCUCCUAGCAACAACUUCAUGCCUACACUGUCAUCAAAGACGUGUAUCGUCACCGUCUCACAAUGACUUCCCACCCGGAAUUCAAUGAGCGGACAACAGGCACCGAGGUAGCCAGCGUCUUUGCCGAUCAGAUUCGCGGAAAAACCAUCCUCAUCACAGGCAUCAGUCCCAAAGGAAUCGGGGCAUCCACAGCCCUAGCCUUUGCCUCGCAGUCACCCGCUCUCCUGAUCCUCGCCUCCCGCACCAAAUCCAAACUCGAAGCAGUUGCAGAGCAAAUCCGCACCAAAUUCCCCUCGUGUCAUACCAACACGAGAAUCGAACUGGUCUCCCUCGACCUCAGCUCCCAGUCCUCCAUCCGUCAAGCCGUCACCGACAUCACUCGCUUAUUAAUUGGCGGUAACAAACUCGACAUCCUCAUCAACAACGCCGCCAUCAACACCACCACCCGGCAGACCACGCCCGACGACGGGCUUGGGCUCGAGCUAACCUUUGGCACCAACCACAUUGGCACUUUUCUGUUUACGAACUUGCUCCUGCGCAACAACUUACUAUCACCACCACCACCACCACCGGCACGCAUCAUCACCGUCUCCAGCGCAGGCCAUCGCUUGUCUCCCAUGCGCUUCAGCGACUACAACUUUUCUCACCCAGAAAAGGAAGUCCCGGCUGAGGAGGACUACCUAAAACCGCUACCUGGUGCCUUUGCAAAGUGUACCGAGGACGGAUAUAACGGGAUGGUGACGUAUGGACAGUCCAAGACGGCGAAUAUACUGUUUACGUUGUAUUUGCAGAAGAGGUUAAAGGGGAGGAGGAGGGGGGUGGGGGCUUAUAGUUUGCAUCCGGGGACUAUCGAGACAGAACUGGGAAGGGAUCAGGAUCCCGAAGUCAAGCAAGAGUUUCAUAAGAUUGAGGCGUAUUGGAAGUCGCUGGAUGAGGGGUGUGCGACGACGAUGGUUGCGGCGUUGGAUCCGGCUUUGGAUGAAACCAAAGGAUUAUACCUGGUGGACUGCCAGAUCUCGGAUCCACACCCGCAUGCCCAAGAUGAAGUGGCCGCGGAAAGACUUUGGAAGCUUAGUGAGGAGAUUGUUGGGGAAAAGUUUACUUUGGAAGAUUUUUAGCUGGUUGGUUGGUGGGUAGGAGAGACGGUAAACCUCGGACUAGGUCGGUAGUGAAGAGAUCUAGCUGAAUGAUAUGGCGCCGCGAAGUAUAUCCGAGGAUGAGGAAGUGAACUACAUCCCAAGAUACCUCAGAAUGUCGAGUAGAGUGGGUUCGUGACAGUUUAACACUCGGAAAGGCUCUAAAGGCGGAGGAAGUCAAUGUCCAGAAUGUGAACGAAAUCAAGACAAUCUCUUUCGAC